AUGUCUAACACUGAAUAUAGAGAAACUGCUGAAAUUAGUUCGGAACUUUCUGAAAAUGAUAUUAGUAGGUUUAUAAAUGAUGACGAAACAGAGUCUAACACCUCCUCAUUAACCCCGUCCUUUUUAAAUGAUUUUGAUGAAUUGAAUAUCGGAGAAGAGCAAGUUAUAAGAAAAAGAGAAAGGGCUAUACUCAAGACACUUGCUAACAUUGAAUGUUCAAUGGAUGUUGAUCUUUGUUACGUUUUAGACUGUACUGGUUCUAUGGCGAAACAUAUCGCAGCGGCCAAAGAUUGUAUUUUGCAAGUGACAGAAUAUAUUAAAAGUACGAAUCCAAGCAUUAAAAUUAAAGUUGGUUUUUGUGGCUAUCGCGAUCAUUGUGAUAAUUCCCGCCUGCAAAUUUUUGAUUUUACAAAUUCGUAUGAAGAAUUCAGAACAAAUUUAGCUUCAGUACCAGCUAAUGGUGGUGGUGAUGGUCCAGAAGAUGUUCUUGGAGGUCUUUAUGCAGCCAUAAAUCAAAUGUCUUGGAAUGAUGGUACUAAAAUCCUUUUCCAUAUUGGUGAUUAUCCACCUCAUGGCAAACGUUUUACUACCAUGCAAGAUGAAUAUCCAGGUGGCGAUCCAAAUGGGUUGACAGCAGAAAAUACUAUGAUUGAAGUAUUUCGUAGUAUAAUUGGUGAAUUUUUAAUAUUUGAACUUGUAGGAGGAGAUCCAAUUGAAUUAAUUAAUAAAUUUGUCGCAGCUACUACAUCAUCUAUUACUACGUCUGUUUCAUUAACCAGCACUAUUGGAACUAGAAGGAAUUUAUCACAACGAAUAAUUGAAAUUAACAAAGAUAUUCCUGAUUGGGACACUCUUACAGAUCGAAAAGGUGUAACUUUAUGUUAUUAUAUUCCUCAAGAUGUAGACGAACUUAAAGAUGAAACAUUUUAUGAAAAAAAGAACCUUCUCUCUAAAUCUUAUCAUUUCAAGAUUGCAGAACAACCAUUUGCUGCUGGAGUUGAAAAAUAUGCUUAUUAUGCUAUUAGCACAAAAUAUAAUCCACCCAGGCGAAUGGUGAUGAAAGGAUACUUGAGAGAUGGAACAGAGAAUCUAUUUGAAAAGUAUCUCGAGUCCGCGGAGAUUUCCGCUUUAACAAGUUAUUUUAGUAUAAAAUUUAAUAUGGAAGCAAGAGGAAAAGGUAUUUCUUCUGUAAAUUUCCUUAGAGUGAAUCUAGUACGUGCUACAUUUGAUGGUAGGACUCGUUAUUAUAUUACAGAACCGGAACUUCAAGGUGCCGAGUUUCAACGGUUUAAUGUAAAUUCUGGAGUUAUUGUAAAAUUUCGACCUGUUCUUGAAGCAUUUGUACAUUAUACAUAUGAACAUACGGAUGGAUAUUUAGUUGUUUCUGACCUUCAAGGAAUUGAGUCAUCUGAUCGGUUCUUAUUAACUGAUCCAGUGAUACAUUGUAUUAAUCCCUUAAGAUUUGGAAAGACUAAUUUAGGCAGAAAUGGAAUCAAUAAAUUUUUUUGGAAAAUCAUAGAUGUAACGAUGUUUGCAGAAAGUUGGGACUACCUUCUCUUGGAUAAAUUUAUAUAA